AUGGCCGUGAUUUUGGGUUACUGGGACAUCCGCAGGCUGGCUGAUGCUAUCCGCCUGCUCCUGGAGUACACAGCCUCAACCUAUGAGGAGAAGUACAGGUACGUGGGGGAUGCUCCCGGCUGUGACAGAAGCCAGUGGCUGAGUGACAAGUUCACGCUGGGCCUGGACUUCCCCAAUCUGCCCUACUUACUUGAUGGGGCUCGCUGGCUCACCAAGAGCAACGUCGUCCUUUGCUACAUUGCUCGCGACGAUAACCUGUGUGGGGAGACGGAGGAGGAGAAGAGUCACGAAGACAUUUUGGAGAAAGAGGUUAUGGACUCGUCCAAUCAGCUGGCCAGGGUUUGCUCCAGCCCUGACUUUGAGAAACUGAAGCCUGAGUUCUUGAAGGCACUCCCUGAAAAGACGAAGUUCUUCGCACAGUUUCUGGGGAAGAGGUCUUGGUUUGCAGGGGGCAAGCUCACCUAG